AGAGGACUUGAUCCAUUCAAGAACAGCACAACUUGAAGAAAAAAAAAUUAAUACUACAACAACUACUUCAACCUCUCUUACAAGGACGCUGUCUUCACCUCCUCACAAAGUUUCUUCAAUUAUUUUCUAUCAAACAAUUCAUCAUGAUGCAAUUCAGUUCAAGUACCUUACCUGCUCAUAAUCUCCACAAAUUUCAAGCACUAAGAUGUCCUAGUUUUAGAUGCCACUCUUCUUCCAUCAAACAACAACCUUCAUCUUUUGCUUCUCUUCAAACCAAUAACUCAUCUAGGUCAUCACAUCUCUCAAAUUUAGAUAAGUUUCUUGAUAUCCAAAAAAAGCCUUUGGAAUCAUCAUCAACCAACCAGUUUCAACAACCAAUACAACCUAUACAAAAAAGUGACAAAAAAGGUAAAAACUUUCUUGAAGGACUUAACCUAGCAAAACUAUGGCCAGAUAUCAAAGCAGCUGAAGAAAUCUCCCCUCGCCACCUGAAACGCUUACAGCGUCUUCUUUCCAAGACGGCUGAGUAUUCUCCAAGAAAUAUCAUAGGGAGAAAGUGGAGGGAAUAUCAUGGCAGCAAUGACUGGAAGGGGAUGUUGGAUCCCUUGGAUGACAACCUCCGGCGAGAGGUUGUUAGAUAUGGCGAUUUGGUUCAAGCUGCUUAUCAAGCUUUUCAUGCUGAUCCUGCCAUGUCAACAACUGAAGCACCCCAUCACCAACAGGUGUCGUUGCCGGAGAGAUCUUAUAAAGUAACCAAGAGUCUGUAUGCCACAUCAUCAAUUGGAUUACCUAAAUGGGUUGAUGAGGUGGCUCCAGAUCUUGGUUGGAUGACCCAGCGUUCUAGCUGGGUCGGAUAUGUUGCAGUUUGCGACGAUAAAAGAGAGAUUGCAAGAAUGGGACGAAGAGAUAUUGUGAUAUCUCUUCGUGGAACUUCCACUUGUCUAGAAUGGGCUGAAAAUAUGAGGGCCCAAUUAGUCGAUUUACCCGAGGAUGCUCAGACACAGACUCAAACACAGACCCAAUCAAAGCCCAAAGUUGAGUGUGGGUUCAUGAGCUUGUACAAAACAAAAGGGGCUCAUGUGCAAAGCCUAUCCGAGUCCGUUGUUGAAGAAGUGCGACGCCUUAUUGAACUUUACAAAGGCGAAGAAUUAAGCAUAACCGUUACGGGACAUAGCCUUGGUGCGACACUAGCACUAUUGGUGGCCGAGGAAAUUAGCACGUGUGCACCAAACGUGCCACCCGUGGCUGUUUUUUCAUUUGGCGGACCUCGUGUUGGUAACAGAGCCUUUGGAGAACAUCUUGAAAAGAAAAACGUGAAAGUUCUUAGAAUAGUGAACACACAAGAUGUGAUUACAAGGGUGCCAGGAAUAUUUUUAAGCGAGGAGCUUGAAGAAAAAAUUAAGAACUCUAAGGUUGUUAGUGGAGUUGUUGAUAUGUUGGAAGAGAACACUCCUUUGGGAUAUUCACAUGUUGGAACUGAAUUACGUGUUAAUACUAAGAUGUCACCAUACUUGAAGCCCGAUGCUGACAUAGCUUGUUGUCAUGAUCUAGAGGCUUAUUUACAUUUAGUGGAUGGGUAUAUGGCAUCUAAUUGUCCAUUUAGAGCUAAUGCUAAGAGAAGUUUAGCUAGAUUAAUGCAAGAUCAAAGUGCUAAUGUAAAAAAGUUGUAUACUAGUAAGGCUAAAGGCUUGUCUGUUAAUCUUAAUAGACAAGGAUCUAACUUGUCUAAUCUUAGUAGACAGGGAUCCAUGUCUAUGGCUGCUUGUUGUCCUAGUCCAUCAUCUUCAUGAAUGAAAAUCAAAUUGAACAUAAACAUUUUUGCCUAUA